CCUCCACUUCCCUCUCCCGCACAUCUCUCUCGCAUCCUCCCCGUCCGCCGCCGCCACACUAUCGCCGCCGCCUACCCUCGACGGGCGGCCCACCUCCUCCUCCUUCUCUGUCGUGGCGCGGAGCUCCGCGGCAACCUCUCGCUGGUCUGGUCCGGCUUGAGCCCCUUCGUGCUGACCCCGACCCCCCCUUCUUCCAAGCCGACGCGGCCACCAUCGACGGCGAGGGCCGCAGCAGGAGCAGGAGCAUGGCGGGAAGUAGGAGAACGACAAGGGGAGGUCGAGCCGCCAUCCGUCGCCGGCGGUCGACACCUCCUGUUCGACCACACAGCGGGAGCACCGGACCAUUGUCCUUGUGUUCGUGCUCCUCCAGGAAGAAGACGACCCAAGGUGAGCCGCCUCCGAUCCAUCUUGCGGAGGCAGCGGAGUUCUCCUCCUCAAGGUGUCAACCAUCCUCGAUCUACUCCUCCUCCUACGUCUUCUGCGAUGGCUUCCUCGUGUGUCAGCUCUGGUUGAGAUUCUUAUUCGUCCAUUUUCACCGGUGCCUCCUUCGAUCUGCCCCUCUCGCUUGUCCAUUCAUGGAUUUAUAGGUGUUCUCCGGCUGAAAUUAGGCUGCUCCUGCCAUGUCUAUCAGUGAAAUGCCUCCUUCCAUGAUAAAGCAGCCUACUCGUAGGUGCAAAUCUGGGUGUCGAUUCUGCCUCACCUUUCUAGCUGACAGUGGUUCGGUUUGCUGCAGGUUCUCUCAGUGUUCAGGCGACGUCUUCCUGCAGUUCGACUCCAGCCUAGCAGGGCAUGGGUGAUUUCAGCCACUCCACCGGUAAUUCAGCCCCAGGGGCGUAUGGCGGCGAGGAAGCGGCGGCGCACGCCUACAACCUGGCGGAAUUGAAGUACUGGGGCCAUGACACCAUCCUCGACUUCCUGCUGUCUAGCUACGACCAAGAGUUGAAGGAAAUGGAGGAGCAAUCCAGGGAAGAGUACAUCGGUUCGCUCCGUAGGACUCCAGUAAUAAAACCACAUUAUGAAAUAAUCAGCGAUGCUGUUUACAUCAGUGAUGAUGAAGGUAAGCGCUGCCAUAAACGCCAAUGUGCCAAAAAGACAAGGGGCCGAGCUCCAUGUAGCGAACCAUGUCUUUGUGAGAGGACCGUAACAAGAGGACCAAUAUGGUGCAAACUAUGGGGCAAACCAUCGCUCACUAUCAACAAGCGGUUCAUGUGACGUGCCAUGUGGGAAGUUGAACGACAAGACAGUCAAGUGAAGCUAUCAAAUAGUAUGCUUUAGUUGAACUGUAUAGGUUCCUUAUCUCUCACUGGCGCUCUGGCUUGAUUUUGUUGUCUAACUCUACUCUCUGUAUCUAACUUAAUGUGAAUUGAUCGUCCUGCCUUAGCUUUGGAACAAAGAAAUGUUUCUCUUUUAUUACGAGCCUCCAGGUCAUUUGUUCUACUGAGUAAAUAUUUCCUACUCACCUUGCAUUUGGU